CCAGACGCGUCUGACCCUCUCGGGCUUUUUAAAAAAGAGCCAGUAGCCUGCAUGCUGGACCUGCUAUGACAGCGUCGGUACUGCUCCGUCCCCGCUGGAUUGACCCGGUGAUGUUCCUCUACGAUAACGGCUCGGAUGAAGUGAGCACAGUCAUGGAGGGAUUCGCGGGAGGCAACUUUGGUGCAAAUCAGUGCAGGAACUUGGCUCACCCCGCAUCGCUGCCUCCCAGCACCGCUUACACAUCGAGCGAGCUGCCCGCGUCCGGCAUGGGCGAAAGUGUCCGGCAGCGCAGCCCCUGUUCGGCCGCACAGAGCUCCGCCAGCGCCUCGCUCCCCUAUGCAUACUUCGGCAGCGGUUACUAUCCGUGCAGAGUGUCGCAGCACAGCAGCGCCAAAGCGUGCGCGCAGCCCUCCUCCGCGUACGGAGAGAAGUACAUGGACACGUCCGUCUCUGGAGAGGAGUUCGCGUCCAGGGCAAAGGACUUUUCUUACUACCAGAGCUACGCCACCGGCCCAUACCAGCCCGUGCCCAGCUAUUUGGACCUGCCCGUUGUAUCAGGCAUGAGCGGGCCUACGGAGCCCAGGCACGAGCCGCUGUUGCCCGUGGAAAGUUACCAGCCGUGGGCCCUCACCAACGGGUGGAGUGGUCAGGUCUACUGCAGCAAGGAGCAGACGCAGACGAGCUCCGUGUGGAAAUCACCCCUAUCAGACGCAGCGUCCAGUUCGGCCGCAGACGGCGGGACGUUUCGGCGUGGCAGGAAGAAGCGCGUGCCGUACACCAAGGUGCAGCUGAAGGAGCUGGAGCGCGAGUACGCCGCCAAUAAAUUCAUCACGAAGGACAAGCGCAGGAGGAUCUCAGCCCAGACCAACCUGUCCGAGCGACAGGUCACCAUCUGGUUCCAGAACAGGCGCGUGAAGGAGAAGAAAAUCGUCAACAAAGUAAAGAGCAGCAGUUAGCCCGAGAUCCGAAAUGAAGAGACACAACACAAGAAAACAACCGUAAAGACGUUCUGUUGGGAAUACGGCCUUCUUAUAACGCGUUAUAACACACCAUUUUCACAAUCUCCGCCCAACCGGAGUGAACCGGACGAAUGGAGAUCAGAUAGAGAUUAGAUACGUGCCGAGCUAAACUCUCCAGCGGAGCACUUUUCAGCGCGCAGACAAGCGCCACUUGCGAAGCCCGGGCCGCCACUUUGAUGUCUACAAAUGAUUUGCUGAUUGGA